GCUGUUGAAGUGAUGGAUUUACUUCCAAGUGCAGAUCUGACAGACAUAAUAUUUUCCAUAGAAGAAGGUGAAUAUUGUUCCCCUUGUUUUGACUAAAGAUAUUAAGAUGGUCUUAGUUUUACUGUGAUUUACUUCUGAAUACACAUGUGUAUUUUUUGAUGGGGUCUGAGGAAAGAAAGGAUCUGAUACACAUAAGAUUUUCAUUAGAGGAGCAGUAUUGGUUCCUCUUGAGUGCAUCACCCCAGUGAGGGUGAUCAAUAACCAGUAGUGCGUGUGCACAGUGUGCGUGUGUGCCAUUAGGCCACGCGCACCUACAGCGUGUGAGACCUGGUCCCACAGAAAACAGGGGGGUGUGCUCGGGGUUGCUGCUGAAGCAGGAGCGCAUGCGCCCCGCAGAAAAUCACGGCCGAGCGUCACACCGCAGCGGCUGCAGCUCCUGCAUGUCAGCGAGGAAGGAAGGAGAGGAGACGGGUACGAGAGACACACGGGGGGCCCAGCCGGAACUGAGGGAUGGAGACCCGGCGUGAGGAGGAGGAAGAAGAAGAGGGCUGACGCGACCCCCGACUCACUCCUCUCUCUCCAACUUGAGCCUCGUGCACGAACCCGGGCUGCAGAUGCAACCUGUCCGUCCUCCCAUCCGUCCCAGUAAUCCCCCUUUUGAUUGCAGCGUUUCCUUACGAUGACAACCUGGUGAACGCGCACAGGAUGGAGUAAAAAAAAACCGCCCGGCACACCGCAGGAUGCGCAGCCCCAGCCCGGCAAGGAAGAAGAAGGAACCUGGCUGUUUGUCUGGCGUCGCAUGUCCGAGGUUUUCCGCGGUGCUGUGGAUUGAUCGUCUCCUCCUGCAUCGCCCUCCUGCAGCUGCCGGUGUCGGGGGAUAAUGGAGAGCCCCAAUGGCUCCGGCAGCGACACCAAACCGCAGAACCACCAGUUGGAGAAGAAGCGGCUGAACCGAGCGCCUUCCCCGGCCAGACCCUUCCUCAAGGAUGUGCACCCCCGCUCCGCCAAGCCACCUGCCAUCGUCCCCAAAUCCCCCAAACUCCACAAGCAGCAGUCCGCCUCGGUGCCCUUAGCCCACCCGAACCGCAGCUCCAGACGCAGCAGCACCGGGGCCAGAGAGAAGCCAGCCACCGUCAGAAGUAACACCAAGUCUGCUGCUGCCAAAAAGCCCACGAAGGUGCCCCAGCAUGCGGCAGCAGCCGAGCCCAAAGCCGCCGGCACCAAACCGGACAGCACCGGCAGUCCGACUCUCGUUAAAGGCAAGAGGGGGAAGCUAGGCUCGGGGUCCCCGGGCCCUCACCUCCAUGGAUCCCCGAUCCGAGUACCGACCGGGGCGUCCCUCGGCCGGGUCAGCCAGACCGACAGCAGCUCGGACCUGUCGGACUGCCCGUCCGAGCCGCUGUCGGACGAGCACCGGCUGGCAGCGGCCGCCAGCAGUGACGCCGAGUCCGGUACCGGCUCCAGUGACCGGGAUCAGCAGGGGGCGGAUAAUCCGCCGCGGGCAGAAGCGACCGGAGCUGCGGCUGCUGCUGCUGCUGCUGCUGCUGCUGCUGCUCAUCCGCCGCGCACAACCGAGGCUCCCGCCGCCAAGGGAAGCAUGUCUCAGGCUCAGCCCGCAGAGAAACACAAGAAGCCCGCAACAGGCGCACAACUCGCACUGCCAGGCGCCGGGGAUGCAGCCGAGGAGGAGCUGCAGCGGGAGAUGGAGGAUUUGAGAUCUGAAAACGACUACCUCAAGGAUGAAGUGGAUGAGUUGCGGGCGGAGAUGGAGGAGAUCCGAGACAGCUACCUGGAGGAGGAGGUCUACCAGCUGCAGGAGCUGCGGAGGGAACUGGACCGGUCCAACAAGAACUGCCGCAUCCUGCAGUACCGCCUGCGGAAGGCCGAGCAGAAGAGCCUGCGGGUCGCACAGACCGGCCACGUGGACGGAGAUCUGCUACGGAGUCUGGAGCAGGACCUGAAGGUGGCCAAAGACGUGUCGGUGCGCUUGCACAACGAGCUGGAGAGCGUGGAGGACAAGCGCAGCCGAGCUGAGGACGAGAACGAGCUGCUCAGACAAAAGAUCAUCGAGGUGGAGAUCUCCAAACAGGCGGUGCACAAUGAGCUGGAGAGGACCCGAGAGACUGCUCUGAGGAGACGAGGGAGCAGGGAAACAUUCAAAGACAAGAAAUCCUCAAGUCAGGAGGACAGUGCAGACCUCAGGUGCCAGCUCCAGUUUUCCAAGGAGGAGUCCAGCCUGAUGAGGAAAAAGAUGGCAAAGCUCGGCCGGGAGAAGGAUGAACUGGAGCAGGAGCUGCAGAAGUACAAGACGGUUUACGGGGACGUGGACAGCCCCCUUCCUCUGGCUGAAUGCUCCGGCGGAGGCCCUCACACCACUCGGGAGGCUGAGCUGCGAUUACGGCUCAAGCUGGUGGAGGAGGAGGCCAACAUCCUGGGCAGAAAGAUUGUGGAGCUGGAGGUGGAGAACCGCAGCCUGAGGUCAGAAAAUGACGACAUCCGGUGUCAGUAUGAAAGGGACUUCUUCGGGCGGGAGCCGUUCUCCAGCAUGCCCUCAUCGCCGUAUGGUGGCGACGCGCUGGACUCGGCCAGUGAGCUACGUCGCCAUCUUCAGUUUGUGGAGGAGGAGGCUGAGCUUCUGCGCCGCUCCAUCUCUGAGAUUGAGGACCACAACAGGCAGCUUACGACUGAACUCAAUCGCUUCAAAUUCGGCCCCAGCAGCAGCUCUGGGCCCGUAGCCGAGGAGGGUGGCGAAGGAAUACUGUUUAAACCCGGUAACGGCGGGAACGGGAAUGGUUCCAGUAGCGGGUUGAUGAUGGAGGAGCUAAAGUCGGCCAGGAUGCAGAUCAAUGAGCUAAGUGGAAAGGUAAUGAAGCUGCAGUAUGAGAACCGCGUCCUCAUGUCCAAUGUCCAGCGCUGUGACCUGGCCGCACACAUCGGCCUACGCACCGGCAGCCCUCGAGACAGCGAUGCAGAGAGCGAUGCAGGGCGGCGAGAAGCCACCGACGACGAAGAGACGGGCCGACUUCUUCUCCUCCAUCCCAAACGAGAGGGCCCAAUCGGAGGUGAGAGUGACUCUGAAGACAUGUUUGAGAAGACAACGACCACCUCAGGGUUCGGAAGCAUGAAACCCUCCGAUGGCAGCGAGCUCAGUGCCACCGAUCUGGCCAACCGCAGGAGGGAAGAGCGGGAGUCAUUCGGCAACGUGAAGCGAGAGGCGGACCGGCUCGGCAAGACGGUGGACCGGCUCAUCACGGACACGGACAGUUUGAUCUUCGAGGGCCGGCUGCUGGUGACGACAGGAGAGAGCCUGGAGGGAGGGGCGGCGUCCGGAUCCAAACCAGACGCGCAGGUCCUGGACAGCAUCAACACUCGCAUGAAGGCGUUCCGCACCGAGCUGCACAUCUUCAUGGAGAAGUUGGACCACGUCGGGGAGGGUCUGAGAGACAGGACAGACGAUCUGUCGCCGAUGCCAAACCUCACAGAGUCCAGCAGCUUCCUGUCCUCAGUCACCUCCAUGUCCCGGGACUCUCCCAUCGGCACCUUCGGAAGAGACCUGGUGACAGACUUCCAGUCCGUUCAGAGGGAUGAGCUGGAGUGGCGUCUAGGACAGGAGCGAGGCGUGGAGCCCCAGAGCCAGAGCCAGGGUGGGGGCCAGGCCCAGUGCAGGGGAGCCCCGGGACUCACUAGGUACCACAGGCCCCUGGCUUUAAGAGCAGAGCUCCGGGACACGCCUGCUGCUGACAUCCAGUUCCGUCUCGAUCACGAGCGAAGGCUGAGAGCGACGACGGAGGAGCACGAGGUCGUCGUUUCUCUGCCUCAGGAAGACAAGCUCCUGCGUCUGGAGGCGCAGCGCGGCGGCCUGGAGCUGCUCGGGCUGCACAGUCACGAGGGGCCCUGGGCUCAGGAGAGGGCCCUGCUGCAGCAGGAGGUUCGCCUGUUCAGACGCAACACCAUCAUCUUCUACAUGAAGCUCCGGUGGAUCCUCACGCACUGGAGGCUGAGCCGCAAGGACGACUCGGCGGAGGAGACGCCGCACCCGGAGUUUGAGAAGUUGGAGGGCAUCCCAGAGCUGGGAGUGAUACUGGAGCAGGCCGAGUCGGACUCGGAUCGAGAUGACAGACUGUGUUUUCCGCAAACUCCGGGGGACGACCCGGACCCCGUCAUGCCUCUGCCGUCACCUGACCAACACCUGCAGCACCAGAGACAGUGUGGGGAGAACCGUCGGAUGCUGCAGGCGCUGCGCACGCUGCUGGAGGAGUUUCGGGAGGAGCUGCGGGAGGAGGAGACGCGGCGAUGGCAACUGCAGCAAUCCUACGCCAAUGACAAAGCCGCCUGGGAGGUCAAGUGGGCAGAGAUGAAGUGCCAGGUGGCCCAGUCUGAGGAGGAGGCAGGAGGCCAAGUGCGAGGUGAAGCCCAGGGAGGUGAAGGGGAACCGGCCGGAGACCCCGAGUGGGCCUUGAAGCAGGAGCGUGAGGAGCACCAGCGCCUGCUGGCCGACAGCCACAGCACCUCCCUGGACCUCCGCUGGAAGCUGCAGCACGGGGAGAAGAGGUGGGGCCGCGAGAGGGGCGAGCUGCUGGAGCGCCUCGACCGGGAGCGGCAGGAGUGGAACGGCAGCAUGAGAGAGCUCCACCGCAAGAUGGAGAGGAUGCAGAGGGAGCUGAACACCCGGCGAGGCGAGGGAGUGGAUGUUAAAGACGGCAGCUCGGGCAUCAGAGUCAUGCUCUCACCUCAGGACAGCCCCUGCCCAGCACCCCGGUCCCCUCGCUCCCCGCGCUCCCCCUGUACGUCCACCCCUGUCCUGGCCCCUCCCACACGCUCCCACUCUGACUCCGAGGUCAUGCUGGAGGAGCAGGGGGCGGCGAUGAGGCUGAAAGGUCCGACGGAGAACCUGUUCCUGGACGCGCUGUCUCUGGACCCCCUCAGCCUCCUGGAGAUCCCUCCACCCUCCAGACUGGAGAGUGAGAAGAGGUUCCCCUGCAUGGAGGAGGCCCUCAAUGAGCUGUCGGAGGGAGAAGGUGAUCCUUCGUACCCAGAGGAGGAGAUGGGCGGUGGGAGUCUGCUCAGGGCCAAGUCCGUCUGCUCCAUGAGUGACUUCCAGAGGCUAAUGGACAGCUCGCCGUUCCUCCCCGACAAAACUCGCCACGGGGAUCAGGGCCAGGACGACGACACUCCUCCUCUGUCUCCAGACGACCUCAAGUACAUCGAGGAGUUCAACAAUAAGGGCUGGGACUUCCCAUCAUCCACCUCUGGCCCUGGUCCUGCUCGGGAGGUGUGGACAGACAAAAUCUCAGAGACCCGGGGAGGGGAACCUGUUCCCGAUCCCUUCAAGCCACAGUCCUGGUUCCUCACCACCAGCGCCACCUUGACCACCAGCACCCUGAGCAGCCCUGAGCACUGCCACAAGUCCCCGCUGAAGGGCAACGGAGCAGGGUCUGCAGGGGGGGGAGUGGACCACUAUGGGGUGCACAUCCUACACAGCCCCACCAGAACUGGAGGAGCCGAGCGAGCUACUGCCCAAGACCCAGACUUCCUGUACGCCAAGGGGACCAAAGCCAGGGGCGGAGGAGAGGCUGGGGUGGGAGCCAGCGGGCAAGAUGAGGUGUUUAGCAGUGGGAGGUGGGCAUGUGGGCUCCUGGAGACUGGGGGGUUAAGGACUUCACCUAGUCAAUCUCCCAUCUGCCCCACAGUGGGCUACGCCUCGUCUCUGGAGCUUCAGCUCUCCAGGAACCUCAGUGACGACAUGAAGGAGGUGGCCAUCUCUGUGAGAAACGCCAUCCGCUCUCCACCAGGGCCUGUCGUCCGGGACACCGCCUGCCAGACCAACGGCUUCACCACGCGAGGCACUCAGACCACCCAGACCAUCAGUGUGGGUCUUCAGACGGACCUGCUGAGGAACCUGACCAGCAGCCCCCACCGCUGCCUCACCCCGAAAGGAGGCAGCACGCCCAUCUCCUCCCCGUCACGCAGCCUGAGGAAGAUUCCGUACUCCCCCGUGGUCCAGAGCAAGUUUGAACGACCCUGCUGCUCGCCAAAGUUUGGCUCACCCAAACUCCAGCGCAAACUCUCUGCAACAAGUAAAGCCGAGCUACCCAGCACCAGCCGCGCCCCGACUCCCACCACACCCCAGAAGGGCAACAGCGAGUCGGCGUGGGCUCGCUCCACCACCACUCGUGACAGCCCCGUUCACACCAGCAUCAACGACGGCCUCUCCAGCCUCUUCAACAUCAUCGACCACACCCCGGUGGGCUUCGACUGCAUCCUGAAGUUAAACAAGUCCCCCAGUCGCUCUCGCGCCACCCCGCCCCCCACCGCCGAGCCCAGCCCUGCUCACGCGGCUCUCGCCACAGACCCCAGAAUUGUGCAGGAGUUCUUGCGAAUGGCCAGAGGGCGUUCACCCAGCCCCGUGCAGCUGAUAGUAGAGACGCAGGGGGACAAAAACUCCGAGGUGGUGAGCAUACGGCAGGACCUGUCGGCCCCGCCGGGCUACACGCUGGCUGAGAACACAGCACGCAUCCUCAAUAAGAAGCUGCAGGAGCAGAACUUCAGAGAGGAGCGGCGGCUGCAGGCCGGAGGACAGAGCGGCAGAGACGACAGCAGCAGACAGGCCGAGGCGGACAGAGGACAGUCUGCGUGUAUGGAGAUGGAAAGCACUGACCGAUGCAAUGGACCUGCCUCGUUCUCCCGUGGCUCCGCCCCUGGACUCCUGCUUCCUCAGACCGGCCCGCCCGGCCAACCGCAGACCCCCGUCACGCUGGGCCGCCCGCUCCCCCUCCUCCUCCCCCAAGGGGAGAGAGGGCUCGAAGAGGAGGUUCACCUUCCCGCCGCCGGGUCACCGGAAGACCAUCCUGGAGGGCGAGGAGCUGGCGUGAGUCCGUCCUCUACCUCCUCUCGCCCUCCUCCACCUCAGCCUAGAAAGACCCAGUACCUCAGAAGCCCCACCCCUCCAGAUAUAGAGACUCCCUCAGAGCCUGACGGGGGGGUGGGAUCCACCCAGUAGCACCAGCCGACCAUCGAGGAACCAGAACUUCUUCGUAGAAGAACCUGGAAUGUACUGUAGUCUCAUCAAGACACACAAACUACAUUUCCAUAAGAGGUGCCUGCACACACUUGAGUUUAUCAUCAUCCCACAUGUGUGUAUAUAUGUAACUGAUACAUAUAUAUUUAACUUUAGAAAGUCAGCUGUUGCAUUUUUAAGAAGUUUACACCAUUUACUUUUCUCAUGUUUACACUUUUUCUUCUUGGUCUUAUACGUUGUCCGACAUCAAAUCAUGUUCAAACGUUUUUUUUGAUAAAGACAAACUUUGAUUUAUUUUCUUUCCAGCGUUUGAAGCUUGAAUUUUCAGUUUAGUUUCGAUGAGAGAGAAAACAACACAAACAAACAAACAAACAAACAAACAAACAAACACCUGCUUCAUCGGGUCUGAAGCGGAGACACAUGAUGUCAUUUCUGAUGCUCUUGUCCUCGUUUCUUUUUACACUGGGUUGAAUGUUUGGCUCCGUGAACUUAUGCAUAUUCUGAACGGAAGGCAGUUGUACAAAUAUCAGUGAAAUAUUCGCAUGCCUUUUCAACACUAGCAUGUACAUACGAGCUCUUGUCGUCUGUGAUCACUCAGCUCCGCCGUGAGGAGGAAGAAAAAAAAAACCAAGUUGUGCUGGAGUUUUUGUUUGUCACAUGAUUUGCAACGACGACAACAAAAACAAGUUUUUAAGUCAAUUAUUGUAUCAACCAGACUGUCUUUGUAUAGUUGUUACUAUUGGAUAUGAAUUAACUUUUUCUUUUGACAAGAAAAAGGGAUUGUGGGGGGGGAAAAAAUAUGAAUGUUUUAAAUGAAAAGUCUACGUCAAAAAGUCUAAAGAUCUAUAGUCAUCUGUAAAUAGUAAAUGGAAAUAAACAUGAAUGUGUAUUUACAAGA